AUUUUCGUAACGUUUUGGCGCGUAUCGGGCUCCAUCCCUCCCGCAUUUGAGCAUCUGUUCGCGUUGAGGAUUAGUUUGGUGUUGAUUUUGGUUGAGUCCCAUAUUUAAGUUAAACGUAAUUUCAAACGAAGCUUUUUUAAAUUAUAAAUAGUUUGAAGAGAGUUACUAUACAAUCAACAAAAUGCAACGAGACUACGCUGCGGAUAAAGAGACCAUAAAAUCCUUCCUAACCGAGUUUCACAAAGAAGACGACGAUGGCAAGAAGGUGUUUAUAUAUGCUCGCCAAAUGACCAACGUAGCCCACCGGGAUCAAGUCGGGGUAACCGUCGAUUUAGACGAUGUGUCCAGUUACAAUGAUCAGCUGGCAGAAGCGAUCCAGAAGAACGCCAGACGUUACGUCAAGCUGUUUUCGGAUACCAUUUUUGAGCUGCUGCCAUCCUACAAGGAACGAGACGUCAUUAGUAAAGAUCCGUUGGAUAUUUACAUCGAACAUCGAUUGCUGAUGCAGUCCCGAACAAGAAAUCCUAAUGAGACGCGCGACGCUCGGAACUCGAUUCCUGCUGAACUGAUCAAGCGUUUCGAGGUUUACUUCAAAGCACCAAGCGCUUCGAAAGCCGUUUCCAUUCGUGAGGUGAAAGCGGAUAGCAUCGGAAAGCUUGUUACGCUUCGUGGAAUUGUGACCCGAUGCACCGAAGUUAAACCGAUGAUGACGGUCGCUACCUAUACCUGCGAUCGUUGUGGUGCUGAGACUUAUCAACCAGUAUCAGCAAUGAGCUUUAUGCCAACGGUCGAUUGCCCGUCGGAGGAUUGUCGUGUGAAUAAGGCGGGCGGUCGUUUGUAUUUGCAAACGCGUGGUUCUAAAUUCAUGAAGUUCCAGGAAUUGAAGAUUCAGGAACAUAGCGAUCAAGUUCCCGUGGGUCACAUUCCUCGGUCACUAACCGUUAUGUGUCGAGGCGAAACAACACGAUUAGCACAACCAGGAGACCACGUUGUUAUUAGUGGAAUAUUUUUGCCUAUUCAAAGAAGUGGUUUUAAGGCUAUGGUCUCGGGAUUGUUGAGCGAGACUUUCCUUGAGGCGCAUAGAAUAGCUUGUUUGAAUAAAUCGGACGACGGCGAUCUAAGCAACGAAUUGAGCUCUGAGGAGUUGGCUGAAUUGGCUAAGGAUGACUUCUACACUAGAAUAGCUAGCAGUUUGGCACCGGAAAUUUACGGACACUUGGAUGUUAAAAAAGCUCUUUUGUUGCUUUUGGUUGGUGGAGUAGACCGUAGCCCGGAUGGCAUGAAGAUUCGCGGAAACAUUAACAUUUGUCUAAUGGGAGAUCCUGGUGUAGCCAAGUCGCAACUUUUGGGUUAUAUCGAUCGCUUGGCUGUACGCAGCCAGUAUACAACAGGUCGGGGUUCUUCCGGUGUUGGUUUAACAGCUGCGGUCAUGAAAGAUCCACUGACCGGUGAAAUGCUACUCGAAGGAGGGGCCUUAGUAUUGGCCGAUCAAGGCGUUUGCUGCAUCGACGAGUUCGAUAAAAUGGCUGAAACAGAUCGUGUUGCGAUUCAUGAAGUCAUGGAACAGCAAACCAUUUCCAUUGCCAAAGCAGGUAUCAUGACAUGUUUGAAUGCUCGCGUUUCGAUUCUGGCGGCCGCCAAUCCUGCGUAUGGUCGUUACAAUCCACGUCGCACAAUCGAACAGAAUAUUCAGCUACCGGCAGCUCUUCUGUCGCGUUUCGAUCUGCUCUGGUUAAUUCAGGACAAACCGGACCGCGACAACGAUCUUCGUCUGGCUAAACAUAUUACCUUCGUGCAUAGUCAUGGUAAGCAGCCGCCCUCCCGUAUAAAAACACUGGAUAUGUCACUGAUUCGUCGAUACAUCGCACUUUGCAAACGCAAAACUCCAGUUAUCACGCCGGAACUGACCGAAUACAUCGUUAAUGCGUACGUAGAGUUGCGUCGCGAAGCUCGCAACAAUCGCGAUAUGACUUUCACAUCGGCAAGAAAUUUACUGGGAAUAUUACGCUUGUCCACCGCUUUGGCCCGCCUUCGGCUGGCAGAUAAUGUUGAUAAGGAGGAUGUGUUGGAAGCCCUCCGCCUGCUGGAAAUGUCGAAAGAUUCGUUGAAUCAGACCGAGCAGAAGACUACUCAUGUUCAGAAUACAUCGGACAAAAUCUUUGCCCUGAUUCGUGAAUUGGCCGGAGCGAGCAAAACGGUUAAAAUUUCAGAUGUCGCAGAACGCUGCACUACCAAGGGUUACAAGCCUGACCAGGUCGACGCGUGCAUUGAGGAGUACGAAGAACUCAACGUUUGGCAGGUUAAUCAGACCAGGACGAAGUUGACGUUCAUUUAAGUUAAUUUCUUAUGUAUAGGUCUAUUUAAUUUUAUGUUGUGUGGAAAAUAUCUUUAUACUGAAUUGUUCUUAUAAUUGUAAUAGCGUUUUCGUUUGUACAUGGUGCUACAACGGUGUAGUAUAAAAAAGGAGAUUACCGCCCAUAUUGAAUGGCCCAUGUAGCGAAUUCUAUGGUUUAGUGCUACACCGUUGUGGUGCAAUGUCUAAAACGAAAAGGCCACAAGAUUCAUGUUUACGUUAGCAUCUACAACACUCCAUUUAAAAUUCGUGCCCAUUGUUCGCCCUUUAUGUGUCUGUUGCUUCGUUUAUGGUACCUUAUUUUAAAACGAUUGAUGGUAAAUAAAUUUAAUGACUAA